UCUCUGCAUUGGCUGGAGGCAGAGCUCCGCUUGUCUAUUUAUUUUUAGCCAGUGGCUGUGCUCGUACUGCCGUGCAGUCGUCCGUCUCGUUCCCAGUGGCUGAAAUAAGUAGCGCAAGAGGAGCUUCUGCCGCAGCAACCGAGAAGGGGGUGACCGUGACAGGCAGCGAUAGCCAGUGCGCCGGCACAUCGCUUCACGCUAUCGGAUCACAAGUUGGACUUCUAGCUCGGUGACCUGUUUUGGAGGUGCGUUGCAAAUGGCUAGUCCCGGGUUGGACCUGGAGGAAAGUCGGCAGCAGGACGCGUCUCCUGAACCUGCGUUUCACGAGGCUCAGCAGUGGAUCGAAGCAGUCACAGGCAGACGUUUUGGCGAGAAGGAUUUUCGAGGAGGGUUGGAAAAUGGAAUUCUGUUGUGUGAGUUGCUAAAUGCGAUAAAGCCAGGCAUUAUAAAGAAGAUAAACAGGCUACCAACUCCUAUUGCAGGACUGGACAAUAUCACCCUUUUUCUGAGAGGCUGUGAGGAUCUUGGCUUGAAAGGUUCACAGCUGUUCGACCCCGGCGAUCUCCAAGACACCUCCACUAGGGCAAACCUCAAGAGUCCAGACUGUAGCAGAAAGUUGAAAAAUGUCUUGAUUACUAUCUACUGGCUGGGAAAAGCUGCCAAUUGUUGUGCUUCCUACAAUGGGCCAACACUAAACCUGAAAGAAUUUGAAGGACUGUUAUCUUUAAUACGAAAGGAAGCUGAAGACCUUGAGAGCCCAAAAAGAAGUAUACGAGACAGUGGCUAUGUUGAUUGCUGGGAUUCAGAACGCAGUGAUUCCUUGUCACCUCCUCGGCACGGUAGAGAUGAUUCCUUUGACAGCCUGGAUUCAUUUGGUUCACGUUCACAGCAGACACCAUCUCCAGAUGUUGUGAUCAGAGGCAGCAGUGAUGGUCGUGGAAGUGAUUCUGAGUCUGAUGUACCACACAGAAAGAUGCCUGAUGUGAGAAAAGAUGAUAUGCUUACCCGUCGAACAUCAUGCAGCGAACCCAGAGCAGCAAUGCCUUUCAAUCAGUACCUUCCUAACAAAAGCAACCAGUCAGCAUAUGUUCCUGCACCACUGCGCAAGAAGAAGACAGAACGUGAAGAAUAUCGAAAGAGCUGGAGCACUGCAACUUCACCUAUUGGAGGAGAGCGGCCAUUUAGUAGCCAGCCUGAAACAAUCAAUGAAGAGGAACAUGAAGAACAUCUCCUGAAUGGUAGAGAUGACACAAUGCAGAAGGACUGCCACUUGACACAGACCAUUUCUGUUCAGAGUGAGAGAAUCACAGGAAACCAUUACAACAUAAAUAAAGUAAAUGAAAGGCAAACAUUAAGGUUGGAAGGAAAAGAUAAGGAAGAGGAGACCGAAGAAGAAAAAAAGCUGAAAAGACUUGCAAGAGCUGGCAUUAAAGUUCUUCCAGCCUCAGUGCGCUACAGCAGCUCACAGGAAACAAGUAAAGAAAAAAAAGCAGCUGCUGCAUCUGUAAUACUGAGUCAGGAUAAUGACUUUUUACGAAAUGAGUCACAGCAUGGGCUAGACUCUGAAGAGGAAGAGGAUGAGCAGAGGUUUCCCGAUGUAGAAAAAGAUGAUUUUGCUCUUAGAAAAGCUAAAAUGAAUCAGUUUAAGCCCAAACUUUCUCCAAAUCAAUUCAUUCCAUCACCAACUGCCAGUAAAGAGAAAGAAGCUGCAAAAGACAUGAAAAGAGAUUUGCAUCAUAGCAGAGUUUGUGUCCAGGACAAGCCAUGGCAACAUUGUUCUUCUAGAUGCGCAGAUAGUAACAGUAAGGCCCUUCUUAUUGAAACAAAUGAGGUGCUUAUGAAGAGAGACUCACAAAUUAUCCCAUCCACCCUCAAUGAUGAAGAGAAUAAUGUGGAAAAGGGAAGCCAGCGUGUCCUUCUAAACUUGAAGAAAGACGACUUGGCCAGAAUGAGAGUCCAGAGUGGCCCAGUUCAGUCUGCAGAACCUCGAUCAUUUGUAAAGCCCUCUAUUACCCUCUCAGACUUGCAGAAACAGCAGAGACUCAUGCUGUUCCCAGAGAGCAGUGAGGGCCAGACUGAGCUCGGUAAUCCACCUCAAAUCCUUACCAGAAGGAUCAAUCAGUUUUACAAAUCAAUGCAGGAGGACUCAAAGGAAGAAGACGAGGAGGAUGGAGAGAAGGUGACUCUUCCUAAUGUACAAAAGGAUGACCUGGCCAAGCGGAGAGCUCAGAGUCAUUCAUUUGUCACCAGGGAACCACAGCCCUUUUUGAAGACAUCUUUUACACAAUCAGACCUGGAGAAGUGGCACAGACUCAAGUUAUCGUCUGAGACCAGUGAAGAAACCUCAAAUCUUUUUUGUCAGACCUUGGACAAGGACGGGCCUGCUGUACAGGCAAAGGCUGCUGCGCUGGAUGACUUAGCCAGCCAAAAGACUAAUAGAGCAACCAAAAAGGCUACAGGCAGUCGGCAGCGGUUUGUACAUUUUGGUCCAGUGACAGAAAUAGAUCAGAAAAGCUGGGAGAAGGUUAGCAUUCCAAAAACUACAUCAGAAGGUGAAGCAACUGAACAUGUAACUAACAUAGUUCAUGUUUCAAGUAGUGAUGCUUCAAGCAAGACUCGUGAUUCUGAUUUGAAACACCUUAGGCAGAUAUCCAGUGAAAUUAAUAGAGAAAGUAGUGUGCCUGUGAACCCAGAUGGUCUCUGCAGAAGUCCUUUAGUUAUGAGGGAUAAGCAUGCUACUUGUGAAGCAGACUGGCAUCUGCAGGAAGACAGUGAUGAGGAGGAGGAAGAACGAUUACCUAAUUUGGAAAAGGAUGACAUGUUGGCCCGUAGAACUGGAACUUUCCAGAAACAAAACAUGAAUCCUGUUUUCAACAAGUUUCUUCCUAUGCCAGCAUCACUAAGAUCAAGGCAGGAUGCUCACUCUAAGAAAAGCCAGCAACCUGAAGAUAGCCCUAGAGUGAUUACUAGGAAUUCCUGUGGAUCAGAGAGCCUGGAAUCCACAACUUCUCCAGGCAAUGAAGUACAAAUUGUCUCUCCGGUGAACAUCCAGUCUACUGAAUUUGAGGAAGACAGCGAUGAAGAGACUAGAGAAGGAAGGCUCCCAGACCUGGAGAAAGAUGAUAUGCUGGCACGUAGGACUGGGGCCUUUCAAAGAAUGCCAUGCUAUACCUUUAAUCAGUUUCUUCCAGUUCCCGGCUCUCUCCAAAAAAAUCAGGGUGUUGACUUGGAGAAAAGUAACAGCAGCAGCUCUGGUCUGUCAGAACCUGUGGAUCAAUGCAGGCAGAUUGCCAUGCCAACAGUAGGCGUCAGGCCCAAGGAGAUUCGUGCACCAACCAAGGUCCCGCUUCAUGAGAAUAAAGAGAAGGAGGGAAAAGAACCCCUUUCUGAUAUGGAGAAGCAUGAUGUGAACAGCCUGGCACCUGCCUCCCCCAAAAGAACAUCACUUGUUGUCAGUCAGGCCUUCUCCGUGUCUGCUUCCCCACCAGUUCAAACACUCAAGGAUGAUAAACCAAGGAGGAGGCCAUCUUGGUUAGAUGACGAUCUCCCACCAAUAUAUAGCCACAGAGCUUCUGUUUCUGAUGAUCCAGAGAGCGUGAGCAUGAUUGAUAUGAGGUAUGAUGAGGAGGCCAUCUUGCAGCCACACAGCAAAGCUCGGCAUGAACAUCUGCACAAUUUGCACAAUCUCCUGCGAGAAGAGGAAGAUAAAUGGCAGGAUGACUUGGCACGUUGGAAAAAUAGAAGACGAAGCGCUUCACAGGACUUGAUAAAGAAAGAAGAAGAAAGGAAAAUGAUGGAAAGAUUGAUGAGUGGAGAACAGAAUCUGUCCGAGAGAAGACGGAGCAUAAAGACUUACAAAGAGAUUGUGGAAGAGAAGGAACGCAGAGAGCGUGAGCUGCAUGAAGCCUACAGGAAUGCAAAGUCCCCCGAAGAGGCAGAAGCUGUCUUAAGGCGCUACACUCAGCGUUUUACUAUAAGUGAAGCUGUCCUUGAAAAGCUGGAAAUACCCAAGAUUUUAGAAAGGAGUCUGUCUGUUGACUCAGAUACGUCUCCGAAGAAGGAACCUAGUGCAAUGAAAUACCUGAGGCAGCAGUCUCUUCCUGCACCAAAAUUCACUGCUACUGUGCAGGCAACUGUAGAAGGGGCUCCACUGUCACAGACCAGCCCCCAGGUCUCGCCAACAAGGAUAGUUUCUUCAAAGGCCGUGCCUCUGCUUACCCCCAAGCCUUACUCUCAGCCUCGAAGCUCUCAGUCUGGGCUAAAGUCAUUAAAGGUUGAUGGGAUGAUGAGAGUGAAUGGAGAAGCAGGUAAUGUCUUUGAAAGAGCAGCCAAUGAAAAUGAAAGCAAACCACUUAGCACAUCCACUUCUACAACCAAAAAGCUGAUUAUUGAAAGCUUGGCAAGAACUGAUCCAUCUUCUAACAAGUCUCUAGAGGCACCGAAAGGAUGCACGUCCUAUGGCACUGAGCAAAAUAGCAUAAUGUCAUCAACAUCAGCUGUAAAAUUACACACAGAAAACUUUCAGGUGAAGUCUUCAGUGAGGACCAAGACAAACAUCUUACAAGACACUGCCAAAAUAAAUGCAUCGCUUGAAAAGGGAGAAACCAGUGAGGAUGAAUCCAUGGGAAAAUAUCAUGAAGAUUUUGUUGGACCAAAGACAACGGAAUUGAAGACAUUAUCAUGCUCUUCUGAUUCCUACAGAGAUGACGAUGUGUUCGAGGAUGAAGCAAUUCCUUCAAGCACAGAGGAAGACAUGCAGAGAACACCACAAAGAGAUGCACACAGUCUGGUGUGUCCUGUUGCAGACAUAAGCAGUACAAUUAUGAGGAAGGACUGCUCACAACUGAAUUCUUUUCAAAAUAAUAUGUAUUGUUUGUCCAUGAAAGAGAAAAAUCAAGAUACUGCAGUUCAUGACAACAUACAGAAACCAGUGAAGUUGGCAGCUUGUGUGAUCCGGGAGCAUAAACCACAACAGUUAGAGAGCUUAGCAUCACUUGAGACACAGACUGCUGAGAUAAUUGGAGAACUGUCUAGCAGUGGCAGCGUUCCACGCAGGUGUUCGAACUCCUGGCUCCGUUGGGAGUUUUUUACACAGUCAGCUACAGAUGAUGACAAUUCCGACAUCCUCGAAAGCCCAAUAAACCUGGCCAAACGUAAUGAGCACUGGUCUUGGGACCCUGAGGAGGAGCGUAGGCGACAAGAAAGGUGGCAACAGGAACAGGAGCGCUUGCUUCAGGAGAAGUAUAAGAAGGAGCAGGAAAAGCUAAAGCAAGAAUGGGAGAAAGCCCAGAAAGAAGUGGAAGAGGAGGGACGUAGGUACCAUGAAGAGGAACGUAAAAUCCUGGAGGAAACUGUAACACCCUUGACACCCCGCUCAUCCACGUUGUCCUCCCCUAGUCGUAGUGACCAACCUCAGUUACCCUUGGAUCCAGAUGGAACAAUAGUGCGAUCACUGGCAGACUGGGAACGCAAGCAGGAGCUUCUUGAAAUGCAGGCUAGAGAGAAAGCUGAAACCUGCCAGAAAAAUGCCAAUAUGCAAGAAAAUGCUCACAAAAUUUUUUUCAGUAGUAAUCAAGAAACCAUUGGGAAAUCGGAUGCAUUCCUUAAAGAGACAGACAGUCUGCACACUCAAAAUAUAAUUAAUACAAAUACUGUUGUCUAUAGCCCACAAAACUGCAAAAGGCCUUUAACAGACCAUAGUCAACAAGCCACAUCUGAGCUUCAUUUCACUCAUGAUGGAUCUUGGAAUAACAAACAGCCUCUAAUAAAAGAAGAGGAUGAUUUGUGGAAGAAGACUGCAUCUUUGGACCGAAACUGGAAUCCACAGUCUGUGAUGGAUGGAAUGAAAAGGUCUGGGUCAUAUGAAAAUAUUGCGUCAAAUCCAUCAAAAUCAUCUCCAUGUUCAUCUAAUCUACAAAAUCAGUCUCCCAACAGUAGGUCUGUCAGUGGAAAAAAGUUGUGUUCAAGUUGUGGGCAUCCACUUGGUAAAGGAGCUGCAAUGAUAAUUGAAACGUUGAGCCUGUACUUUCACAUUCAUUGCUUCAAGUGUGGAAUUUGUAAAGGUCAGUUGGGCGACACCACCACCGGAACAGAUGUGCGAAUCCGCAAUGGACUUCUCAACUGUCAAGACUGCUACAUUCGAUCCCGAACUACUGGUCAACCCACAACUUUGUGACACAAACCUUCAUUGAUCCACUGAGAGUCACCAAGAUGACAAAGUGCUUCCCAGACAAUCAUCUGAAACAACAUCCAUCCAUGAACUUGUAUUUUCAAAAGUACAGUGUUCAAGUGUCUGUAUGUGUAUAAUUACUGACCACUCAUACAGAGGCCAGGGGCUAUAUGUUAUGUAUGUAUGUAUGUAUGUAUUUUUCCUCAUAAUACAUUUGAGUGGAAAAAAUACAGUUUUCAAGGUAAUGCUGAACAUUGUCUUUUUCACAAAUUCAGCUUAUGUAAUAGAUAUACUUUAUAACAAGUAAGCAGUGUUUGUUUUUCCAUGUAAUUAACAAUUCUUAUAAUAUUGGGACUAAAAUUUGUAACAAUAACACUAAUGGGCAAAAUGUUAAUUUAAACAAAAGCAUAGUCUUAAAGUUGUGAGCAUUGCUAAAUAUUUUUUAAAAGUGAAUGUAAUGUCAAUCCGAGCAUCUUGUCACACUUUUCUUCUAGUUCACCAUUUUGUACAAAAUAAGACUUUAUAAAUGUAAUAAUGGAUAGCUAUUUUUUCACAUUGAGUGUGGGUGUUGGCGUGUGCCGUUCAGCAGGGCUAAAGAAAAAAGUGAGAAAGUAUCCGACGUAUGAUGUUGAAGCUGAUGCUGGAAAUUCAACUUGCUGUUGGGUUUU